AUGUCGUCCAGCCCGCAGGAACAGAACCGGGAGCAGAAAGAGGAGCAGAAAGAGGAGCAGAAAGAGGAUGUGAAGGAAGAGGAGGUGAAAAAAGACAUGAAGCCGGAGGACAAUCAGAAUCAAAAUGAGGAGAGAAAAGCGGAGAAGUGGGAGGAAAACAAGAAAGAAGAGCCAAAGGAAUCCUGGAAGGAUUGUAUCUACAACCCAAGGACCGGAGAGUUUAUGGGCCGGACCGCCAGCAGCUGGGGUCUGAUCCUCCUCUUCUACCUCGUUUUUUACGGGUUUUUGGCGGGAAUGUUUUGUCUCACCAUGUGGGUGAUGUUACAGACUCUGGACGACAACGUCCCACGCUAUCAGGACCGGGUGGCCAACCCAGGUUUGGUGAUUCGUCCGCACGCCGCUGAAAUCUCCUUCAACCGCAGUGACCCAACAAACUACAACCAGUACAUCCAAAACCUGCACAACCUCCUGCAGCGUUACAACGACAGCAUUCAGGAGCGUAACGACUUGUGUAUGGUGGGUGAAUACACUGAACAGGACAAUGAGCCAAUCAAGAAAGUUUGUCAGUUUAAACGCAGUAUGCUGCGUCAGUGUUCCGGUCUGCGCGACUCCAGCUUUGGAUUCGCUGAGGGGAAACCGUGCAUCAUCAUAAAGAUGAACCGGGUCAUAGGACUGAAACCACAAGGAGACCCCUACAUCAACUGUACUGCCAAGGGAGACAGUCCAUUACGGAUGCAGUACUACCCAUCUGAAGCUCGUCUGGAUAAAAUGUUUUUCCCGUAUUACGGAAACAAAGCUCAUGCCGACUACGUGCAGCCGCUGGUUGCCGUGCAGUUGUUGCUCUCCAGAGAAGACUUGAACGUCGAGCAGACGGUGGAGUGUAAACUCGAGGGAACCAACCUGCGUAACGACGACGACCGGGACAAGUUUAUGGGUCGCGUGGUUUUCCGGGUCAAAGUGUCGGAGUAACCACAUCUGCCAGUUGUCAUGGAUAUCACAAACUGUGUUAAAAGUGGAAAUAAAUGUCCGGUUCAGGACACUUUGUAUUUCAGACCUGAUCUGAUCCUGGACGUCUGGAUAUGGUCUUGCUGAGUCUGGUUUCAGCCAUUCAGACGCACGAAUCAGAUCAGGUCUGUGUGAAGCAUGUGAGCCAGGUGCACACCCACGUGUUGUUUUUAAAUUUAUAUGUUUAAUAGUGAUGUAAAAGCAUCCCAGCAGUCUGUAACAGAGCAGCACAAACACACUUCACUGUAAUGAGAUAACUCUUCUUCCAUCCUGAAACAAUAGAAAGAGAAACUGCCUUUACAGUUUUUAGAAUACUGCACUGAGGAUGACAUUUCUCAUUUUUUAACAAUAUUUUCAAGUUCAAAAAGAGAAAACGUAAAUGUAAAUGUUUCAGCAGUUUGCAGGAUUUUUAUUUAAUUAAACGUUGACACAAUCAGUUCAAUGUAGCAGUAGGAUGGAAAGGCAGUAAUCUGAUUACUGACGGCCAGUAUAAUA